UGAAAGGUCAGGCCGCCUUGAUGAGGUAAUAACAAACAUGGCGGCGCUCGGUACAGCACGGUGCUUAUUUCGUACCUACUCUCGGGUGAAAAAUGUUCAAAAGAGCAAGCAAAUACUGGUCAGAUGUAGCGUCAGGACUCUUUGUAGCGGAACACAAGAUAACGCUCUCUUAGACAAAACAAAAAUCCAGUUCACAGAUCCAACUGUGCAGGACAUCCUCACCAGGAUAACAGGCCUGGACCUGCAGAAAGUGUUCCGACCCAUUAAGCAGGAGCUGAAGCCUCCCACAUAUAAACUCAUGACUGAUGAGCAACUGGCGCAGGCAACGGAGUUAGCCACAGAACAGGCUAAGAAGUUGCUGCAGAUGCCUCCCGUUCUCCCAGAGAGGAAGCCCAUUAACGAUGUGCUGUCUGAAGACAAGAUCCUGGAUGGCAUGGACACAGCCAAAUACGUCUUCACGGACAUCACCUACAACAUCCCACACAGGGAGAGGUUCAUUGUUGUACGUGAGCCCAACGGGACACUUAGAAAGGCAAAAUGGGAGGAGAGAGACCGGCUCAUUCAGGUUUACUUCCCCAAGGACGGACGCAAACUCUGUGCACCUCUCAUCUUCAAGGAGGAGAACCUCAAGAUGGUGUUUUCCCAGGACCGUCAUGAGGAUGUGUUGGACCUGUGUCUCGUCCAAUUUGAACCAGACUCCUCAGACUACAUCAGGGUACAUACAGCCACCUAUGAGGACCUUGACAAGCAUGGCACAUAUGAGCUGCUGCGCUCCACCAGACAUUUUGGAGGCAUGGCCUGGUAUCUGCUCAGUGCUCGAAGGGUGGACGGGCUUAUAGUGGACAUGCUGAAGAAAGAGCUGCUCCAAGAUGCGGUGAGCCUAGUGUCUCUUUUCCACAUGGUCCACCCCCACAGCGAGUCAGCACAGGAAGCUGCCAGCCAGCAGGCCACUGGCGCUGACCUGCUAAAGAUCUAUGCCCAAAAGGAGUCCCAGAGGGCGGGCUACAUCGAGCUGGCCCUGCAGGCGUAUCAACAGAUGGCUGCUAAGAGCUCUGCUGCCUGACUGGCUCACUUUCAGAUAGAAAUAUACAAACCUUUUCACAAUGAGGAAUGGUUCCCAUCCCAUAACCAGAGGAACUAGGACUGAAAACUGCCUUCCAUAUGUAAAGUACAGCUUUCUUUCACUGUGUGAGCCAAAAAGUAAUAUGUGCUCUUUGACUGAAAGGAAAAGCUCCACACUUCACAGCCUUCAAUUAGUCAUUUAUCAGUAUAGAAAUUGUAUAAAACACUCUCAUAUUGUCGGUGUAUUACAUUUUGACUUUUGAGUAAAACCUAAUGUGUUAAGGCAAAUGAGGAUGUACAUAUUAAAACAAAUCUUUGUACUUGUGAGAUGUUGGAGUAAAAUAACUCAAGUUCUGGAUAACACCGAAGACUUUAUUGAUUUGAAGCUUGUUUUUCAUUCAAGUCUGGUCAGACAGCACCAUC